GUGCAAUCCGACCUUGAAGGUACUGGUGAAAUUUCAAGCUGUACGUUACCUGGGGUGAAUUUCAUCCCAUAUGCCCCGUCUACUUAGUAGUAUUCCAGUAUUGCUGUCAUGUGUGCGGUUUGCCAGAAUACCUAGAUAUGUGCGCCCGUAUCUUAGGGAUCUGUAUAAGAGGAGACUGGCACAAGGUCCGGAGAUAUAUCGUCCCAGAAGUGACUGGCUGUGCUGGAAUCGUGACUCCGAACUAUCUGCAUUCAUGUCCAGAAUCGGUGAAAAAAUGGACAGAAACGAUAUUGAAGUUGUUUUGACCGACAAAUCGUAUACUUCAUACUGGUCUGCAAAGGGAAGUGAACCGGGUAAUAAAAUACUUCAUGACAACUUCGAGCUCGCACUUGUAGGUCGUGAUGUCUCUCAGAAAUUUCUUCUUGCUUUUAUGCGCUCAGUAUAUCCCCAAUUUCCUGAAGAGUGGAUUGUGGACAUUGUGCAGCACUUAAACUCAACUUCUGAACUCGCCUAUAUAGCUGCACAUUUGGGAGUUAAAGAUAUAGUACUUUACAGUGAUCAGACUGAUAAUUCAAGCAAUAGAAUUGUAUCAAACCCACCAGAGUUGGAUGUACUAGCUAAUGCAUUAAUGGCCCUAAUUGGUGCAUUAGCGAAAGAUAAGUUGGAGAGAGCACACUUAUUUAUUCGGGACUUUAUUGUGCCGAGACUAAGUGAUUUGGAUUUGACUGAAUUGGUUUCCAUUCCUGAACCGCUGACUCUUCUACAAGGUAUACUUAAAUCUGAAGGACGUGGACCACCUGAAACCAGGCUAAUUUAUCAGUCAAGUAUGAAUACUGUUCUGGCUUGUUUUCAAGUUGGUAUCUAUAGUGAUCGUCAGCUUGUUGGAGAAGCUCCCGGUGAGACCGUAUUAAUCGCGGAAGAAGAAGCCCUCCGUCAGUCAAUAAGGAAUUUCUUCAAGCUAACGGAUAGUCUACCUUCUGUCCCACUAGAUGGGGAUUUGAACCUUUUGGAUUUCGAAAAAUACGAGAAACCUAAUAUUUCCCUUAAUUAUUAUUUAAAACUAGCUAGGGACAGUGCUUGAUCUUUGAGAAUUAUGUUGUAUAACUGUAAAUAGA